UUCACACGCCUCCUUCGCGCCAUUUGGAUAUUUCGAUUGUUUGGAUUUGUAGUUGUGCAAGUUACGCUGUUCUCGAGUCCUGAAACAGGUUUUGUGAUCAACCAGAUGAACGGCGCAGUCUUGCGCGUUCCAAAAGUGUUACAAUGCCUUCAUUCGACGACGACGAUGACCGUAACUCUCAAGAUGGUAGCUCCGACAACGAUAAUGAUAAUGACAACGAUGGGGACGAGACUAUGAGGGAUCUCGAUGACGCUGAUGGUGAUGGUGAUGGCGACGGCGAUGGAGACGGAGACCUUGAUGGCGACGAUGACGGCGAUAAUGAUGGUGAUGGUGAGGGCGAUGGCGAUGGCGACGGCGACGGCGACGGCGACGGUAAUGAAGAUGAAGAUGCAGAUGGGGAGAGCCAGUCCGGAGGCAGUCAACGAUCCGAUAACGAUGAACCUGGAGAAUCUAAUCCUACCCAGGAUGGUGUACAGCAGUCUUUUGCUAUGCAGGCCGAUGCCUUACGCGAUGCGGCUGCCCGAGCCUUGAUCCGGCCAGAGUACCUCGAAGCCAACACCUAUGACAUUGUGCCAACGGUCGCCGCCCCUCAGAGUACUUCGAUCAAUGCUGUUUGUUCUACUGCAGACAUGCGAUGGGUUUUUACUGGUGGAUCCGAUGGCUACAUUCGAAAAUUCAACUGGGUCGAUUCUAUCAAUAACAAACUGGCGCUGACGGUGGCGCAAAGACAUCCUUUUGUCGAUAGUGUGGUGAAGGCAGGAGUUCUGAUGACCCAUUGGGAGAAUUGGGACGCCAGGCCCGAAACAACCCAGUCGCUUUCUCCUGUUUAUUCCCUUGCAUGCCAGAGCCAGGCACUUUGGCUCUUAUCUGGCACGUCAUCAGGGCCAAUACGUUUGCAGUCUGUUAGACACGACGAAGGUCGAGAGCUAAGAUUGUUACAUAAACACACCUCGGCUGUAUCGGUGCUGACUCUAUCUUCUGACGAGCGAAGUGUGCUUUCUGGAAGUUGGGACAAAACUGUGCUUGACUGGGAUUUGGAAACGGGUCAAGUGCGAACCACCUUUGCUGCCGGUGCUGGACAAAUUUCGGCGAUCGAAAGUCGGCCAAUGUCGUCCCUGCCUGUUCCUGCAGAGUCUGGAGACAUUGUUGUUCCCAACGGAACAUUUUCCUCCAGCGACUCUAAACCGACUGCCAAUGGUACCAAAGUCGAGACAUCGAGCCAGACUGGCGGGGACGGCAUUGUUGCAACGCCAGAUUCUCUAUUUGGCGACGGCGGAGACGAUGACUUGUUUGGCGACGGGAACGUGAACAUGACUAACGGUGGAGAUCUCACUGAUGUUUUUGGCGACGACGUGGACGAGAUGAGCCGAGCCAUGGCGAGCGGUCCACUUCCCGAAGAACAAAUCGAUCAAGACAACAAAGAUGUACCCAACAUAUCGGCAGCUGUGGACAACCCUUCUCUGGAGGAAACAAGUUCAGCUAUGCCCUCUGAUGUGGUCAAUGGUGUGAAUGCUGAUGAACAGCUUCUAACUAAUGGAUUACCGCACGCAGACGAUAUGGAGCUAGACGGACCUGUGCAGGAGAGCGCCGAAGAAACAGCAACACUCCCUACCUCGGAUUCUACCUUUCUGGCCACAUCCAUUGACGGGCCUAUCCGAGUGUGGGAUCGGAGACAGCCCGAACCUGUGGCACGCAUCCUGCCACGCAAUGCACCUCCUUGGUGCCUCAGCGCUUGUUGGUCGCCGGACGGCAACUAUAUCUAUGCAGGACGAAGGAACAACACGGUGGAGGAAUAUGACCUGCGAAAAGGGCUCAAAGGGCCUGAGCGGGUCUUCAAGUUUCCUAAUGGAAGCGGGGCGGUCACAUCGGUGAAGGCCAUGCCCAACGGACGGCACCUCAUUUGUGCCUCUUAUGACAUUCUUCGACUAUAUGACCUCCGUGAGACUCAGUCAGCCAGAUCGACGGUACCGUUUCUGAUUGUUCCUGGUCAUCGAACGGGGGUGGUGUCUCACUUGUAUCUCGACCCCGCGUGUCGCUUCAUGUUAUCCACGGGCGGAAACCGAGGAUGGGAAGGUCAGUCCACAGAAGUCCUGCUGGGCUACGAGAUUGCAGUCCCCGACAAGUGAGAGAACAAGGGCAAUGUUGAUGACACAGAUUCGACGUUUAUUGGUUCAUUGUCAGUCAUCGUCAGCGACCAUGCUUUGUAUGGGUUGACUGCACUUUAUUUGGCACGCGCUCCUCCUUGUCACAAUAUUCGGUGAGAAAAUUUACUUGCUCAUCACUCCCUCCAGUGGAUUCAACGAUACAAACCUUUACGCCCAGAUGACUUGAAUGAGGCUCUGUCAGUGUACCCAAGAAAUUUCAAGGCAGCGCACAGGCAUAGCAGGGCGAUUAACAGCAAAAAGCCCAAUCAAGUGAGCACCUCGUAAGGUGAUGACUUGCCGUAAUGUGGCUACAGCGGAUCAUCCAGUCAGAAAUCAGAGAAUACGAGUCCAAGAAUAGACAGUGAUAGGCGGAUGUCAAGACCCAAAGGGUGAAUCGAGCGCAGUUAUACACCUCACAAGAUGGCGGGGAUUGUCUUGCCUGGGAGUCAAGUGGGCAGGGACUC